AUGAAUAUUUCUUAAUAAUAAUAUGAUGAAUAAUAAAAUUCAGACAGAAUUGAUACUCAAUUUCACAAAUAAAGUUAAACUCUAUUUAGACGUUAAUUAUCCCAAUAUUAAUUUAAUAACAUUUGGAAGAAUAAUGGAUUUAAUAUCAUUUUAAUAGUUCUUAAAUUUAUCUAAGCAAUUACUAAAUAAACUUUUAACAAUUCCUUUAAGUUGCUUAAUCGUUAAUUUUUUAAAUUACUCAAAGAUAAUACGGCUGAUUACAAUUUUUAUUUACGUAGAGGUUAUUUUGCUUCAUCUAAACCUUAAUCAUUUAUGAUUAAAUUAGAUCAAAAAGUGGAUUUCUUGCAAUGUAGUAACUUUUAUUAAUUUAGAUUAUAGAAGAAAUUAUAUCAAGAGAAUUAUGCAAUUUUUUUUAUUGGAACCUGAUGACACAAUAAUUAUUAUUUGGAAUAUUUAUUUAUUAUGUAUUGUUACAAUUAAUGUAUUUUAUGUAACUUUGAGAUUAUCUUUUAUUGAGAUACUUGAAAUGGAUUGGCUUUUAAAAGACUUUAUUUUUGAAUAACUUCCUGGUUAUUCAUUUUUAUUGGAAAUAAUUAUAAAAUUUAAUACAUGCAUUUAUAGGAAAGGAGUACUUAUAAAAAAUAGAAAAAGAUUAAUAAAGAGAUAUUUAAAGAAAGAAUUUUUUAUAGAUUUAAUUCUUAUAAUUCCAUUUAUAAUUGGAAGGCAAUUUGAUUUUAUUUAUUUAGAACUUGUAAUUAUCUUGAAAGUGUUCCAAAUAUCCAAAUUAACGAAUUCAUUAUUUAAUCGUCUCGAAUUGACAUAACAAUAAACAACUAUUUUCGAGUUAGUCAAAUUAAUGUAAUAGAAUAUUAAGAAUAGAGUUUUUUUAUUUUAUUAUGUGCUCAUUUUUCAGCAUGUAUCUGGCAUAAGUUAGGAGUUUGGGGAAAUUGGGGAAAUCAAAAUACAGAAACCUGGUUGAUAAAAGAAUAAUUAUAAGAUUCUAUAUGGAUUGAUAGAUAUGUAGUAUCAUUUUAUUGGAGUAUUGUUACAAUGACAACUAUUGGUUAUGGUGAUAUAAUUCCAGUCAAUUUAACUGAAAGACUAUACUGUAUUAUAAUGACAUUAAUAUCUACUGCUACUUUUGCUUAUUCAGUCAAUAGUAUAGGAUAAAUAUUUUAAGAUAUGUCCAAACAAUCUGUUUUAUUUAAGACAAAUAUGAAUAGUUUAAAUAAAUUCCUAAAAAAUUAAAAAGUAUCAGCAUCAUUACAAAUUAAGUUCAGAAGAUAUUUUGAAUAUUUUUGGAGCAAACCUUCUUAAGAAGUAAUCUAAUUUCAAGAUUAAAUUCCUCAACAAUUAAAAGAUCAAAUGAUUGUUGAUAUUAAUAUCAAAUUACUGAAAUAAAUAAAUUUAUUUAAGUAAUUUAGUAAUUCUUUAUUAAAUACUCUUUGUCUAAAAUUUAAAGAAUUACAAUUAUAACCAGAUGAAUAUCUAUUUAAAUCAAAUAGUAAAGCUGAUAUAUUAUACAUUUUAGUAAAUGGAUAAUUAGAUUUGCACUUAAUUAUAAAUAAAAAAAAAAGAAUAAUUGAAAAAUUAAAAACACCAUGUUUAGUUGGUUAGUUGAAUUUCAUACUUAAUAAUGAAUAUAAUUAUGAAGCAAUUGCUACAAAAAAUACAAAAUUAUUAGGAAUUGAUCGCUAGACUUUGAUUGACAAUAUUAAAUAAAGUGAAAUAGACUAUGUAUUAAAUUCUUAUAAUUAACAGGAAAUCUAUAAAAACUUUGAGGAAGACAUUAGACUACAAAAAUAAUACGAUAAAAUUUAAAUUUAAUGUUCAAUUUGUCAUAAAUAAAAGCAUUUCAUCCUUGAUUGUCCUUUACUUAUUGGAGGUUUAAAUAGAUCAAAAAUAUUAUAUUAAUUAAGACAUAAUUUACCUUAAGACAGAAUCCAUAAAUAAAGAAUUAAUGAGGAUAGAAGAAUAUCUACAAAAAAACAUCAUUUUCUUGUUAUGGAAAGUGUAAUAUAAUACAUUUUGAAGAAUGAUGAGAUGUGUAAUUUAGAAGGAAUAAAAGAAUGUAAAAAUUAUAUGUAAUUUAGAAUUAUAAGCUGCCAUUAAAUAAUAAUAAUAAUAUGAAGAGAAAAUCUCUUAUACUUUAUCAAACUAAUUUACUAAACAAGUAUCUCUAUUAUAAAAUAUACCAACUUCAAUUAAUUGUAUAUCUAAUUAAUCUCUUCGUAAUACUCAUUAAGUUUAAAAUCACAAUUCAUUAAGAUAUAAAUCUGUAAUGUAAAAUUAAGAAGUACCUUUGGAAAAAGAUAAUCAAUUUAGAACUUUAAGUAAAUCUUAAGAUAUUCGUUUAUUAACUGGUUUGAAUAAUUAAAAAAUAUAAACAAUAAUUGAAGAACCAUAAACUAAAGAAGAAAGAUCUGAUGAAAAUAAGUAUUCUAUUAAUCUAACUGAAUAAUUGCCAUAAAUUGAAAAAUAAUAAAAUUCAAUCCUACCUUCAAAUGAUACUGAUAUCAAAGAGUCAAUUUAAAUAUAACAAAGAAUGGUGAAGAAAAGAAAUUCUAUUAGAUAAAAAUUUGAAAGAAAACAUACAGAUUAGUGUGAUAAUAUAAAAAACAAUUAAAAACAAUACAUAAGAUUAUUUAGUGAAAGAGAAGAAAGGUCUGAAAGAUACACUAAAUUAUCUGGAUAUAAUAAUUAAUUAAUUUUAUCUUAAUAAUAGUAAAAGAAUACUAAUGGAUAAAAAAACAUUUUGAGAAAAUAAAGUAUAUAAGAUUAUAUAAUCUAAAAUGAAAAGGCUUAGGAAUUACCAUCUAAUAAACAAAAUUAAUUAGAUGAAUCACCUAUUUAAUUAGAUUAUUCUAAAAGCCAAAAGUCUAUUGAAAAUAGUAAUCUCAAACCUAAUAUUGAAAUUUAUUAAAUAGAUUAUAAAUGUGAUUAAGAUCAAUAAGAAAUUAAUAAAAAAUAAUCAACUAACAAGAUAAACACUAAAAUGGUUGAUGAAGAUGAUCUUUCUGAAGAUGAAAAUAAUUUAACUAAUCAAUAUUUAGAAGAACAAAUGUUAAAAAAUAAAUAAAGAUUUGUAGAUAAAUAGAUUGCAGUUUAAGAACCUACUUAAAAUUAGGUUUGCCAUUUUCCAUAAUAAGAAUAUAAACCAUUAGAAUAAAGUAUGAUGAUUUAAUUUGAGAAGAUUAAAUAAAAAGAAGAUUAGUUAUAAUAACAAAGAGAGAGAUAAUAAACUCUUACUACAAAUAAUAAAGAAAGUAAACAAAGUAAAGAUAUUAACAAUCUUAAUAUUUAAAGAGGAUUAACAAUUAAAGUUACAUCUGAUGAUUCUUCAGAUGAAGAUAUAAAUGGAUAAAAACUAAUUAGAGGAUAAUAUCUUGAAAUCUUUAAUGAUUUUGAAAUAGUUAAAGAAUUUAAGUACUAUUAUCCUAAUAACAAUAUUUCUUAAAUACUAUUUUUGGUAUUUAUUCUAAAAAUUAUAUUAGUAAUAUAAAAAUAAUUUGAAUUCAUCCCUGCAACAUUCAAUGAAUAAGAGAAAACUUAAAAAGUAAGAUACAAUUAUAAAUCUACUUAAAUAAACACAACAUAUAAUUCGAAAAAGUUAAUAAUGA